AUGUAUUUAGAAAUUGACUUGCGUACUUUUGGACUAGUUAUUACAUCAUUUAUUAUAGGUCUGUUGUCUACUUGUAUAUUUUUAUUGUGGAAAUGUGAUAAUAAUAUGUCUACGUAUAGAGAUGUUAUUGAUGUUAUAGAGACUCCUUUAAUUUCUGAAGAGAACACUAUUCGUUACUCUAGACAGAUUGCCCUGAAACAAGUAGGAGUUCAAGGUCAAAAUAUAUUAAAUAAUACAAAAGUUUUGAUAGUUGGUGUAGGGGGUUUAGGAAGUCCUUUAGCUUUGUAUCUGAGUGCUGCAGGUAUUGGUGUAAUUGGUGUAAUUGAUUCAGACACAGUUUCUAUUAGUAAUUUACACCGUCAAGUUAUACAUACUUGUACUCGUAAAGGGAUGAAUAAAGGUUAUAGUGCAAGGGAAUCUUGUGCAUCUAUAAACCCGAAUUGUCGUGUUUUGGUAUAUCCAAAUACUUUAUCUAUUGAAUUAGCUAUGGAAUUAUUUCCUCUAUAUGAUAUCAUAAUAGAUGCAACUGAUAAUUGCAGGAGUAGAUAUCUUAUUAAUGAUGCAGCUGUAUACUUUGAGAAACCAAUUGUCUCUGGAGCUGCUUUAAGAUGGCAAGGCCAUGUAACAGUAUAUAAUUAUAAAAAUGGGCCUUGCUAUCGUUGUAUAGCUCCUAGAGAUGAUAAUGGUGGAAUAGAUGGUACCCCAGGUGGUGCAGAAUCUUUUGGAGUACUAGGUAGUGUUGUUGGAGUUAUUGGUUGUAUACAGAGUGUAGAAGUUAUAAAACUUGCUUUAAAUAUGGGGAGAAAUAUAAAUAGUGAAACUAUGGAAAUUGAUUUAGAUACACUUUCAGGUAAGAUGCUUAUAUAUGAUGCUUUAAACACUAGUCAGAUGACAAGAAUAGCAACUUUAAAAGGAAGUGAUAUUAAUUGUAAGACAUGUGGUAAAGAUAGUAUUCCAUUUUUUAUAAAGGAUUGUAAUGAUUACAAGAUUUAUCAAGGAAUGGAUAUAGUGAAUAAUUUUUAUUUUCCAUUUAUAGAUAACCAAUAUAUACUUAAUAUUGAACAAACAAGAUCUCUUUUAGGAAAUAGAAGAAAUAAGAAACUAAAUAUUAUAGAUGUUAGACCUAGUAAUAUAUUUGAAAUGGCUCAUUUGAGAAAUUCGAAGAAUAUUCCAGAAGAGGAAUUUGUACUUAAACUUUCAAAGUAUGGAAUUCAAGUUGAUAGUAAAACAGCGAAGAUUACUGAUUAUGAAGAUGAUAAUAAGGACGCUUUGAAGAGUUACAUAAAUUCUAUUCUUAGUAUAGAGGAACAGGGAUUUACUAAUAUAAUUAUUUGUUGGAAUGGUGUGAGAUCUUAUUUUGUUACAAGUAUACUUCAACAAUGUUUUAAGAAGCUUGAGAUUCAUAGUAUUUACAAAAUAUAUUACAUUGCUGGAGGAAUAAAGGCUAUAAAGAAUGAGAUUUUACCAAGCUUUCCAGAUUUCUAA